AUCUACCUGAAAAAAUGUUCAAAAUCCUCACAAUACUGUUGCUGGAAACAAAGCUCUCCAUGGUCUCAGCUUUAUUUACAGUUGAAGUUCCUCAACAGCUGUACACUGCGGAGUAUGGGAGCAAUGUCACCAUGGAAUGCAGAUUCCCUGUGAAUGGCUCAGUGGAUCUAGGACUCCUGACUGUUGUCUGGGAGCAGAAAAGGCAGGGCUCGUUGAAAUCAAAAGAGGUGUACACAUUCCGCAGUGGGAGGGCACUCCAUCCAUCUCAACAUCCUGAUUACAUAGGAAGAGCAUCACUUCUGCACAGUGAACUGAAGUUGGGACGAGCCAUCCUCCAGAUCACCAAUGUUAAGAUAACAGAUGCAGGAUCAUACCUUUGUCUCAUUGACUACCAGGGCGUGGACUACAAGUACAUUGCUUUGGAAGUAAGAGCAUCUUACAGGAGAAUAAACACUCAAGUAAUGAAAAUACAAGGUGAAGACAAGUUUGUUUUUAUGUGCCAGUCAGAAGGGUUUCCUCUGGCAAAGGUUUUCUGGCAAAAUGAGAACCUCAAUCUCAGUGGAUCUGCAAAUACCACCUAUACACUGACUGCAGAUGGCCUCUACAAUGUCACCACCAUCCUGACAUUCAAACCAAAUAUGAGUGAGAACUACACUUGUGUCUUCUGGAAUAAAGAACUGAAUGGAGAAACUUCAGCUCACUUUUCCACUUUAGCUUUAAUGAGUACACAGUAUAGUGGACAAAAAUUCCUGGUCUCUUUAAUCAUCCCCACAUGUGUGACUGUAGCUGUCCUUCUCUCUGCACUAAUAAUAUUUCAGAAGAGAAAAUCAUUCAACAAUGAGCAACCCAAAAAAGACAGGAAAAGAAAACUGAACCCUAAUGCAAAGGAUGAGAACAGUGAUGAUUUUAACUCUCAGACUGAGGCUUUAUACUUGUCAACUGUCACAGCUUCAAGAGACUGUGGGAGUGUGAGUCUGUGA